UUCACUCGGUAAAUGUCAGCUAUCUUGAGUUAAUGUAGAAAAAUGUACUACUAUCUUAAACCGAUUUUCUCUUCACUCGAAAACUAAUGAAUUUCUCUUUGCUUCUASAGUAUUUCYUUGCAGAUGUUUUUGAAAAACUCCCUCAUGCUAUCAGUGAGCAUGCUCACACUGGUAUAUGCUUCUGACCAAUGUAAAAGUGUUCAUUCUGUGUCUGACCGCAUUCUUCAAGGUUUUGUUAUACGGUCUAUCUCACARAAAAGCGUUCAUAGCUGUAUCAUCGAGUGUGAAGAAGAAUCGAAUUGCUUCAGCACAAAUUAUUUGUUUCCCAACAUAACUUGCCARCUKAACAGUGCGACUGCAGAGCUACAUCCCGAUAACUUUGUAUCCUGCCAAGAUGCAAUGUACUUAAAGAGCCUGGUACGAGAUGAGAGUGAGGYAGUCAAGGCUGGUACGUCAUGUGAUCAGACGUGCGGAGGAUUAUGUGUUUCCGUCCCAGGCUCCUUURCWUCUACGUGUGUUUGUCUGCACAGCAAUCCAAAGGAUUGUCAGGCAAAUGCRUGUGUUCCACGAGCAUUAGGAAUGGAAGAUGGAAGAAUCAAAGACAAUGCAAUUUCAGCYUCAACUAYACAUCAACAARGCUCGUUAAAGGAAGCACGGCUAAACAGUGGUACUGCUUGGACUCCUUUAACAGACGAUGAUAAGCAAUGGUUGACAGUAACAUUUGACUCGAUAAAAAUCGUGACCAAGAUAGCAACGCAGGGACACAAAAUAAAUUGGUGGUGGACAAAAACAUACAAGAUACAAUAUAAACAUAGUGGAUCGUGGACUGAUUACAUAKAUAACGCGAACAAUAAUAUCAAGAUCUUCUCAGCAAACACACAAAAAGGGAACACCAUUGUAAACAAUUCUCUCACUCCACCUGUAAUUACMGAUUCUAUCAGGAUAAGACCAGAAACAUUUUCCGGACGAAUGGCAUUACGUAUAGAAUUAUAUGGGUGUACCACAUAAUAUAUCAAUGAUUGAUUAAUAGUUAUCUGAGCAGUGUGGACCUCAUGAUUCGCAGGAAUUAUUGAAAUGACUUCUGAUCGGACUGUGAACAGCCGGGUCAUGUAAAUCUUAUUCAUUAUGUAUAUAAAGGCGUGUCCUACACGUGGUUGGGUGUUUAAUCAGCGGGUCGAAUGUACGAUGACUUGAUCAGGUGUGUUAUGUACGCGGUUAUCUUGAAAGAAUCAUAAGUAUAAUGUAAUGAUGUACAGUAUGACUGUAAAUAUCACGACCCGUACCGUAGAGUGUAUAAAAUGCCUUAAUAUCAUAAACUAUCAUGUUUGUGAGUAAACAAUUAAACAAUUUCUAUGUGAA